AUGGUACAAGGUUUCACUUACAUGAAAGGAGUGGCCUUGGUCACUGGUGCUGCUUCUGGCAUUGGCCGUGCCAUCGCCCAUACUUUUGUGAAGGAAGGCUGCACACGCCUUGUGAUUGGAGAUGUAAACAAGAAAGACCUCGAUAUUGUGUCCGAAGAACUUAGGGCCAUCAAUUCUUCCGUGCAGACCGUUGUGUCGAAAGUAGAUGUCUCAUCGGAGACUGAGGUUCAAGAUUUUGUUGACGCUGGCGUGAAAGCAUUUGGGGGUAUCCACUAUGCCGUGAACAAUGUUGGAAUUACCAGCAAUCCCCGGGCUAGGACUCAUGAGCUUGAAACGUCCUCAUUCGAUCCAUUAGUUGCAGUGAACCUACGAGGUACAUGGCUUUGCCAAAGAGCUGAAAUCCGGCAGAUGUUAAAGCAGAACACAGAGCUCCGGCCUAGGACUGGUGCGCCAGCACAACGUGGCGCAAUUGUGAAUGUUUCUUCAUUGUUUGGUCUAAUGUCAUUCCCGAACUCAGGUGGAUACUCUGCUACUAAAGCCGGAGUCCUUGGAAUGACUAGGACUGACGCUAUUUCCUAUGCCACGGAUGGAAUUCGAGUGAACAGUGUUCUACCUGGCUGGGUGAAAACUCCAACAUCGACCGAGUCUGAGCGUCGGGGUGCCAACUAUACUCCCGUCAUUAAUACUAUCCCAGUCAAGCGCUGGGGUAUUCCGGAGGAGAUUGCGGAAGCAUGCGUAUUUCUCGCAGGUGAAAAGGCCAGUUUGAUAACUGGCGUCGAUCUAGUUGUAGAUGGUGGGAAGAGAGUUGCUACUUGGGUAGACUAG